AUGACGCCGCAUCAGUCUCUGACGCCGCAUCAGUCUCUGACGUCUCUCGCAUCAGUCUCUGACGCCGCAUCAGUCUCUGACGCCGCAUCAGUCUCUCUGAGCCGCAUCGCAUCUGACGCUCUCAGUCUCUCUGACGCCGCAUCAGUCUCUCUGACGCCGCAUCAGUCUCUGACGUCGCAUCAUUCUCUGACGCCGCAUCAGUCUCUGACGCCGCAUCAGUCUCUGACGCCGCAUCAUCUCUCUGACGCCGCAUCAGUCUCUGACGCCGCAUCAGUCUCUGACGCCGCAUCAGUCUCUCUGACGCCGCAUCAGUCUCUGACGCCGCAUUCAGUCUCUGACGCCGCAUCAGUCUCUGACGCCGCAUCAGUCUCUGACGCCGCAUCAGUCUCUGACGCCGCAUCAGUCUCUGACGCCGCAUCAGUCUCUCUGACGCCGCAUCAUCCUCUGACGCCGCAUCAGUCUCUGACGCCGCAUCAGUCUCUGACGCCGCAUCAGUCACUGACGCCGCAUCAGUCUACUGACGCCGCAUCAGUCUCUGACGCCGCAUCAGUCUCUGACUGCAUCGCUUACGCCGCAUCAGUCUCUCUGACGCCGCAUCAGUCUCUGACGCCGCAUCAGUCUCUGACCUCUCUGACGCCCGCAUCAGUCUCUGACGCCGCAUCAGUCCGUCUGACGGCCGCGCAUCAGUCUCUGACGCCGCAUCAGUCUCUGACGCCGCAUCAGUCUCUGACUGCGGCCGCAUCAGUCUCUGACGCCGCAUCAGUCUCUCUGACGCCGCAUCAGUGCGCGCAUCUGACUGCCGCAUCAUCUCUGACGCCGCAUCAGUCUCUGACGCCGCAUCAGUCUCUGACGCCGCAUCAGUCUCUGACGCCGCAUCAGUCUCUGACGCCGCAUCAGUCUCUGACGCCGCAUCAGUCUCUGACGCCGCAUCAGUCUCUGACGCCGCAUCAUCUCUCUGACGCCGCAUCAGUCUCUCUGACGCCGCAUCAGUCUCUGACGCCGCAUCAGUCUCUGACGCCGCAUCAGUCCUCUGACGCCGCAUCAGUCUCUGACGCCGCAUCAGUCUCUGACGCCGCAUCAGUCUCUGACGCCGCAUCAGUCUCUGACGCCGCAUCAGUCUCUGACGCCGCAUCAGUCUCUGACGCCGCAUCAGUCUCUGACGCCGCAUCAGUCUCUCUGACGCCGCAUCAUCUCUCUGACGCCGCAUCAGUCUCUGACGCCGCAUCAGUCUCUGACGCCGCAUCAGUCUCUGACGCCGCAUCAGUCUCUCUGACGCCGCAUCAGUCUCUGACGCCGCAUCAGUCUCUGACGUCGCAUCAGUCUCUGACGCCGCAUCAGUCUCUGACGCCGCAUCAGUCUCUGACGCCGCAUCAGUCUCUGACGCCGCAUCAGUCUCUGACGCCGCAUCAGUCUCUGACGCCGCAUCAGUCUCUGACGCCGCAUCAGUCUCUGACGCCGCAUCAGUCUCCUGACGCCGCAUCAGUCUCUGACGCCGCAUCAGUCUCUGACGCCGCAUCAGUCUCUGACGCCGCAUCAGUCUCUGACGCCGCAUCAGUCUCUGACGCCGCAUCAGUCUCUGACGCCGCAUCAGUCUCUGACGCCGCAUCAGUCUCUGACGCCGCAUCAGUCUCUGACGCCGCAUCAGUCUCUGACGCCGCAUCAGUCUCUGACGCCGCAUCAGUCUCUGACGCCGCAUCAGUCUCUGACGCCGCAUCAGUCUCUGACGCCGCAUCAGUCUCUGACGCCGCAUCAGUCUCUGACGCCGCAUCAGUCUCUGACGCCGCAUCAGUCUCUGACGCCGCAUCAGUCUCUGACGCCGCAUCAGUCUCUGACGCCGCAUCAGUCUCUGACGCCGCAUCAGUCUCUGACGCCGCAUCAGUCUCUGACGCCGCAUCAGUCUCUGACGCCGCAUCAGUCUCUCUGACGCCGCAUCAGUCUCUGACGCCGCAUCAGUCUCUGACGCCGCAUCAGUCUCUGACGCCGCAUCAGUCUCUGACGCCGCAUCAGUCUCUGACGCCGCAUCAGUCUCUGACGCCGCAUCAGUCUCUGACGCCGCAUCAGUCUCUGACGCCGCAUCAGUCUCUGACGCCGCAUCAGUCUCUGACGCCGCAUCAGUCUCUGACGCCGCAUCAUCCUCGCGCAUCAGUCUCUGACGCCGCAUCAGUCUCUCUGACGCCGCAUCAGUCUCUGACGCCGCAUCAGUCUCUGACGCCGCAUCAGUCUCUGACGCCGCAUCAGUCUCUGACGCCGCAUCAGUCUCUGACGCCGCAUCAGUCUCUGACGCCGCAUCAUCCUCUGACGCCGCAUCAGUCUCUGACGCCGCAUCAGUCUCUGACGUCGCAUCAGUCUCUGACGCCGCAUCAGUCUCUGACGCCGCAUCAGUCUCUGACGCCGCAUCAGUCUCUGACGCCGCAUCAGUCUCUGACGCCGCAUCAGUCUCUGACGCCGCAUCAGUCUCUGACGCCGCAUCAGUCUCUGACGCCGCAUCAGUCUCUGACGCCGCAUCAGUCUCCUGACGCCGCAUCAGUCUCUGACGCCGCAUCAGUCUCUGACGCCGCAUCAGUCUCUGACGCCGCAUCAGUCUCUGACGCCGCAUCAGUCUCUGACGCCGCAUCAGUCUCUGACGCCGCAUCAGUCUCUGACGCCGCAUCAGUCUCUGACGCCGCAUCAGUCUCUGACGCCGCAUCAGUCUCUGACGCCGCAUCAGUCUCUGACGCCGCAUCAUCUCUGACGCCGCAUCAGUCUCUGACGCCGCAUCAGUCUCUGACGCCGCAUCAGUCUCUGACGCCGCAUCAGUCUCUGACGCCGCAUCAGUCUCUGACGCCGCAUCAGUCUCUGACGCCGCAUCAGUCUCUGACGCCGCAUCAGUCUCUGACGCCGCAUCAGUCCUCUGACGCCGCAUCAGUCUCUGACGCGCAUCAGUCUCUGACGCCGCAUCAGUCUCUGACGCCGCAUCAGUCACUGACGCCGCAUCAGUCUCUGACGCCGCAUCAGUCUCUGACGCCGCAUCAGUCUCUGACGCCGCAUCAGUCUCUGACGCCGCAUCAGUCUCUGACGCCGCAUCAGUCUCUGACGCCGCAUCAGUCUCUGACGCCGCAUCAGUCUCUGACGCCGCAUCAGUCUCUGACGCCGCAUCAGUCUCUGACGCCGCAUCAGUCUCUGACGCCGCAUCAGUCUCUGACGCCGCAUCAGUCUCUGACGCGCAUCAUCUCUGACGCCGCAUCAGUCUCUGACGCCGCAUCAGUCUCUGACGCCGCAUCAGUCUCUGACGCCGCAUCAGUCUCUGACGCCGCAUCAGUCUCUGACGCCGCAUCAGUCUCUGACGCCGCAUCAGUCUCUGACGCCGCAUCAGUCUCUGACGCCGCAUCAGUCUCUGACGCCGCAUCAGUCUCUGACGCCGCAUCAGUCUCUGACGCCGCAUCAGUCUCUGACGCCGCAUCAGUCUCUGACGCACGCAUCAUGUCUCUGACGCCGCAUCAGUCUCUGACGCCGCAUCUGUCUCUGACGCCGCAUCAGUAUCUGACGCUGAGCAUCAGUCUCUUUGGACGCUACGCAUCAGUCUCUGACGCCGCAUCAGUCUCUCUGAACGCCGCAUCAGUCUCUGUCGUCGCAUCCAGUCUCUGUCGGGCCGCAUCAGUCUCUGACGUCGCUUCAGUCUCUUUGUUGCCGCAUCUGUCUCUGACGCCGCAUCAUCUCUGUCGCCGCAUUCAGUCUCUGACGCCGCAUCUAGUCUCUGAAGCCGCAUACAGUCUCUCUGAACUGCCGCAUCAGUCUCUGACGACGCAUUCAGUGUCUCUGAAGCCCGCAUCAGUCUCUGUCGGCCGCAUUCAGGUCUCUGACGCCGCAUCAUCUCUGACGACGCAUCAGUCUCUGACGCCGCAUCAGUCUCUGACGCCGCAAUCAGUCUCUGACGCCGCAUCAGUCUCUGACGCCGCAUCAGUCUCUCUGACGCCGCAUCAGUCUCUGACGCCGCAUCAGUCUCUGACGCCGCAUCAGUCUCUGACGCAGCAUCAGUCUCUGACGCCGCAUCAGUCUCUGACGCCGCAUCAGUCUCUGACGCCGCAUCAGUCUCUGACGCCGCAUCAGUCUCUGACGCCGCAUCAGUCUCUCUGA